AUGGCCGCAUUGAAACGACUGCACAAAGAGCUGGAAGACCUGCGCAAAGAGCCGCCGCCGCGGUGUACGGCCUCCCCGGUGGGCGCAGACCUGUUCACGUGGAACGGCACCAUUGAGGGGCCGCCCGACACGCCCUACGAGGGCGGUGUGUUUGACCUGAUCAUCAAAUUCCCUUCGGACUACCCCUACAAACCGCCGCACAUACGGCUCAUUACACGCAUAUAUCACCCAAACAUCACACCCGACGGCAUCAUAUGUCUGGACACCCUUAAGAAGCAGUGGAGCUGUGCCCUCACGAUCUUCAAAGUGUUGCUGUCUAUACAGCAGCUGCUGUCCGACCCCAACCCGGACGACCCCCUGGUGCCCGAAGUGGCCCGACAGUUCAAAAGGGACAGGGUCAAGUUCGAUAGGGAGGCCAAAGUGUGGACACAGAAAUACGCGAUACCUAUCGCUGCUAGUCAACAGUCCGAUGACAGCGCCGGUAGUUCCGAUGCCAGUGAUGCCAGCGAUAGCUCCUGA